UCUCACGCACACCAACCACAAGACUCCUGCGUCUCCGCGUCUUCUUCAAGAGCACAUCGAUACUUUUCUCCGAACCGCUUCGGUGUCGUUUCGAAGCUUAAGGGGCUUUGGAAUCUGAUUCUCGUUCGUCGACGGCCAUGGAUAAACAGGUGGAGAAAAUGCAGGUCCGUCAGAAUUACCCGAAUCUCUGGCGCUCCGAUCUCCUCGGCACCAUCCAAGCGGACACGCCUUAUUGUUUCUUUGCAUUAUUUUGUGGUCCCUGUGCUUCUUACCUGCUGCGUAAACGGGCUCUUUAUAAUGAUAUGUCAAGGUACACAUGCUGUGCUGGCUAUAUGCCAUGCAGUGGCAGGUGUGGAGAAUCGAAGUGCCCUGAAUUGUGUCUUUGCACUGAGGUUUUCUGUUGCUUUGGAAAUUCAGUAGCCUCAACACGCUUUCUCUUGCAAGAUGAGUUCAAUAUACAGACAACGAAAUGUGAUAACUGCAUUAUUGGUUUCAUGUUCUGCCUCCAACAACUGGCGUGUAUAUUCUCCAUAGUAGCUUGCUUAGUUGGAAGUGAUGAACUUCAAGAGGCUUCGCAGUUGUUGAACUGUUUGUCUGAUAUGGUUUAUUGCUCGGUUUGUGCAUGUAUGCAGACACAGCACAAGAUUGAAAUGGAUAAAAGAGAUGGCAAGUUUGGACCACAACCAAUGGCAAUACCAGCAGUCCAGCACAUGUCACGUUUCGAUCAGGCAACUCCUCCACCAGUUGGAUAUCCAUCCCAACCAUCAUAUGGACAGCCCUAUGGCCACCCGCCACCCUAUCAAGCUCAAGGUUACCCUCCUGCCGGUUAUCCUCCCGCAUAUCCACCUGCUCCUGCCUAUCCUCCUCCUAACUAUCCCAGGUGAUUUGGAUCGUUGAUGCAGCUUUCUCCUGAAAUAUAUAUCUGUACAUGGACAUGUUUCAACUUCAACCCAAGCUUUUGUUUUUCAAUAAUGGUCUUGAUAGACAUCAGGUGCUUUAAAUGGUCAUGAAUGAACAUAUUUGGACAUCUUUUCAGCUUUAAGUUUCCGUUUCUUAAUCUGUUGUUCAGAUAAGGUCUGAUUUUUUUUUUUCAAAAAAAAAAAAAAAAAAAAAGUUUCGAAUGUGUACUCUGGAUAAUCCUUAUAUUGUUUUUCAUUUUAGCUAUUGAGGUUUUGUA